UAUCCAUUUCCCUUCUUUUAUUACAAAUCUACAAUCAAGCCUCUUUCACACUAGCCCAUUUUCAUUUACACUUUUAAACGGCUUCAUUCUUAAAUGCAGUCAAUAUCUGCAAACAGAGGUCAGCAAAAAAGAAUGGUAGCAAAUGCAGUAGCUUCAUUGGCAGAAGUACGACAGCAACGUAAUAAUCGGGAAGCCCGCUCUCUGACGUGGUGGAAUGAAAUGAAAAAGGCUAUUGUCAAGCAAUAUCCUGACGGAAGGCAGGAGAUUGUUGUUCCUCAAAUAUUGACGCCUGAACAAGAACACUACCAAUUUCCACCUCGAUCCAAAUUCUUGAAGCAACUACAGGCUGCUGAGAUGGCCGAGAAACGACGAGAUUCAUCAACUAUCAACUUAUCACGCAUAGCAUCAGCGCGAGGGCUGGCCGAAGAGCAAUCAGUUUCCGUUUUCUAUAAAAUAGGAUCUGUAUACCAAAAUUCAUCUAGCAAUCUGAAUAAGAAUAAUCGAACUAUACCUCCACUAGACGAGUCAACGUUGAAGGAAUGGUUCACUAAAAACACAAAAAAGCCAGUUUCUCGGAAGAGUAAAGAUCGUGCUGUAGCUGAUUGGAUUAACGAAGUGGAGCGUUCCAAGCAGAUAUCACCUUCUGUUUCAAAAAAGCGCCCUGCUAAUAAAUUGUCGCUAGCAUCUUAUUUUGAAGGAGCCUUUAGUCAUAGCACUAAGAUGCAAUUUAAAAGUGCAGCUGGAAAAAGAUGGGCAAAUAUCUUGGAUAUAAAUGCAACGCUUGCACCUCCCAAUGAAGCAUGCAAGGUGCACUAUAUCCCCAGAAAGUUGCUAAGACUAUCUUGUGGAAUGGAACGGAAAAAUAUUAGCAAUACUGGUACCAAUGACAAUGCUCCUGUUGCUUCUACUACCAUAUCUAAAAUUCGCGAAUUAUGGAAGGAAUACAAAAGAACAAUACCAUCUAAUAUUACGUCUUUUGAGAACAAGAUCACAACACUUGUCCUAACAGCAACUGAGGAAACAACUCCACUUGCUGCAUUGGUUCAUCUUUUACUUCAGUCGCACAACGACAGUGAUCCCUUAAAGGAUAAAAGUCAAGAACCGCGCAAAACGGUAAUGAAUUUAGAGAUACAAUUAUCUAUAGAAAGGAGAAAGCGACAAGAAAUAUUACAGAAGCUGGUGGCAACUGAGACUCUUGACGAGAAUAGCAGAAUUGGAAAAAUCACUGGAAGAUGAGACCAUGGCACGUCAAAAAGUCGAAAAUCGACUACUGCAAUUGGCUGCCAAAAAAACAACUAAUCCAUCAUCACCAAAUCCAUCUAAAAAACCAAUGAUUCACAG